AAUGACAGCGUUUAGAAAUCGUUUAUGUCAACCUGCGAAAACGAGGUGGUCACGAAGCGAAAGCGUUUAUUUAUUUUUACAUUGAAUUAGUUACAUGAAAACUACAUUUCAUUAAAAUAUACAAUAAACAACCCAUGGCUGCCCAGUCUAGAAAACCUUCUUAUACCAAUGGCCGCAACACUUCAACGGGUUUUAAAAUUCUUAAGUUUUGUACUGAUUUCGAUAAUUCAAUUGUAAUAAGCAGUUUCGAACUGCUAGGAUGGAAGCGAGUUUCUUCAGAAGACGACUGGAACGUUUAUUGGGCCAAUACGCUGAACUCGAGAAAUUUAUUCAACGCCGACAUCGGAAUAAGGCUAAAUGAUCAUCAGUUGACAAAUCAUUUCCCCAAUCAUUACGAAUUAGUACGAAAAGAUUUACUCGUGAAAAAUAUAAAGAGAUACAGAAAAGAUUUAGCGAGAGAAUGCAAUCCACUUGCGGAAAAAGCGGAUGUGAAACUCCCCAGUGGCCAAGUCAUCACCCGAUAUUCGUAUUUAGAUUUAAUUCCCCUGACGUAUGUUUUACCCUCAGAUUACAAUAUUUUCGUAGAAGAAUACCGAAAAUUUCCACAAACAACUUGGAUAAUCAAACCGUGCGGCAGAUCCCAAGGCGCUGGAAUUUUCCUUAUAAACAAACUGUCAAAACUAAAAAAAUGGUCACGGGAAUCGAAAAAAUAUUUGCAGCAUCAUCUCACGAGUAAAGACACUUUUGUCAUAUCACGAUACAUAGAUAAUCCGCUUUUGAUCGGAGGAAAGAAAUUCGAUUUUCGGAUUUACGUUCUUGUGACAUCCUUCCGACCUUUAAAAGCCUAUAUGUUUCGGCGGGGGUUUUGCAGAUUUUGUACUAUGAAAUACGAUGCUAGCGUUACUGAGCUCGAUAACAUGUACGUGCAUUUGACUAACGUAAGUGUACAAAAACAUGGGAAUGAUUAUAACAGCCAACACGGAGGAAAGUUGGGCCUAAAGAAUUUAAAGCUUUAUUUAGAAGGAACGCGAGGCAAACCAGUGACAGAACGAUUGUUUGAGCAAAUAGAUUGGUUAAUAGUGCACUCUUUGAAGGCUGUGGCACCAGUGAUGUCGAAUGAUCGUCAUUGUUUUGAAUGUUAUGGCUACGACAUCAUUAUUGAUGACAAAUUGAAGCCGUGGCUAAUAGAAGUCAAUGCGUCACCGUCGAUGGUUGCCACAACGGCAAAUGACAGAAUAUUAAAACGCAAAUUAAUGGAAGACAUACUCUCUGUUGUUUUACCACCAGAUGGAAUACCAGAUGCGCGUUGGAAUAAAACGCCCACAGAAGAGGCUUUGGGCGACUUUCAGAUUUUAAUAGAUGAAGAUUUAAUGCACAAAAACGAACAAGACUUACGAAAUUGUAGUAAAUGAACGCACAAACUGAAAUUUGAUAUAAAUAUAAUAAGCUGAAAAUA